AUGACUACUUCCUUACUUUUCUUCUUCUUUCUACUCUCCACCAUCUCUGUCACAACCACAGGUGUUGUUACAGAUGGGAAUGGAACAGGAAUACAACUGAUAAUUGUAAACAACUGCAAAGAGAGUGUAUGGCCAGGAAUUCUCAGCAAUGGAGGACAACCUUCAAUUCAAGGAGGUGGAUUCCAUCUUCCAAGCGGCGAACAAGUUGUUCUCCAACUCCCUAACCAUUGGGCAGGUAGAAUCUGGGGGAGACAAGGCUGCUGUUUCGACGAAACAACCGGAAAAGGCUCGUGUCAAACCGGAGACUGUGGAGGCCAACUGAAAUGCAAGGGAACUGGUGGUGUCCCUCCAGCUACACUUGUUGAAAUGACACUUGGAACCUCAGAAUCACCUUUGCAUUACUAUGAUGUUAGUUUAGUUGACGGUUUUAACCUUCCUAUGUCAAUGAAGCCUGUUGGUGGUGGUGGUGGUUGUGGUGAUGCUUCUUGUGCAGCUGAUUUGAAUGGUUGUUGUCCUUCUUCACUUGUUGUGAAACAUGAUGGUAAAGUUGUAGGGUGUAAAAGUGCUUGUUUGGCUACAAAAUCAGAUAAGUAUUGUUGCACUGGUGAAUUUGCUGAUCCAAAAAGUUGCAAGCCAACUAUGUUUGCUCGUGUUUUUAAGAGUGUUUGUCCUAAAGCUUAUACCUAUGCUUAUGAUGAUUCAACUGGGCUUAUGUCUUGUUUGGCAAAUCGGUAUGCCAUUACAUUUUGCCCUCCAUGA